AUGGAUUCCCAGAGCAUUCGUGACCUUGAGCCGGAGAAGAAGAUUUGGUCAGGUCAAUGUCGUGUCUCCAGAAUGUGGCUUGGGGUGAAUGUACAUACAGACAAAGUUCUCCAUUUCGACCUCAUUCUGAUGGAUUCAAAGGGCAAUGAUAUUUGGGUACAAAUCCCUCCUGUGUUGAUAGAAAAGUUUAAGAAGAUGCUGAAGGAGAACCAUGUUUACAUUAUCAAGAACUUCGAUAUCAAUAAAACUGGACUGAAAUAUCGACCUAUUGGGAAUCCAUAUUUGAUACAAUUUAGUAGGAAGACAACUGUUCAUCAUGUUCCUGAAGUUCCUGCAAUUCCGACCUUCAAAUUCAGUUUCCUAAAUGCAAGUCAGAUGGCAGGCAAAUUGGGUCAUGUUGAGAUCCUUUCAGAUGUUGUUGGUCAACUGCGCCCACAUUCAGAUGCAAUUACUACUACCAGCCUUACUCGGAAAACUAUAAGGAAAGAGCUCACAUUGCAACUGAUUGAGGGUGAUGUUGUCAAAGUAGUUAUUUGGGGAAGAGUUAUUCAACAGUUUGAUAAGAUUAUUGAUGCUCAUGAUGAUGAUCAGACUAUACUGGUCAUUUCAGCUGUUAGUGUGGGUGACUUCAAAGAUGAGUUAUCAUUUUCAUCAUCGGGGUCAACAGUUGUGUAUCGUAAUCUCGAUAUUCCAGCUGUCAAAGCUUUUGCUACCGGAUAG